GUGCCUUACAUACCGGAAGAAGCCCUUUCCUGUAGCCGGGGCGUUGAGUGAUUUCCGGCUUUGCAGAAGAAAGUUGAGCAGGAGAGAAGCUGUACUCGGUUUCCUGGAUUUGGAAUCAUGGACAGUCAGGGCAGGAAAGUGGUUGUUUGCGACAACGGAACCGGGUUUGUAAAAUGUGGUUAUGCUGGCUCCAACUUCCCAGAGCACAUAUUUCCAGCCUUGGUAGGGAGGCCAAUCAUUAGAUCUACUGCCAAAGUGGGAAACAUAGAAAUCAAGGAUCUGAUGGUGGGAGAUGAAGCCAGUGAGUUACGCUCAAUGCUGGAAGUGAAUUAUCCUAUGGAAAAUGGUAUUGUCAGAAACUGGGAUGACAUGAAGCACUUGUGGGAUUAUACCUUUGGUCCCGAAAAACUCAACAUUGACUCCAGAAAUUGUAAAAUCCUGCUUACAGAGCCGCCAAUGAACCCUACAAAAAACAGGGAAAAGAUCAUUGAGGUAAUGUUCGAAACAUAUCAGUUUUCUGGAGUGUAUAUAGCAAUUCAAGCUGUGCUAACAUUGUAUGCGCAAGGUUUACUCACAGGUGUGGUGGUUGACUCUGGGGAUGGUGUAACACACAUCUGUCCAGUAUAUGAAGGAUUUUCAUUGCCUCAUCUUACAAGGAGAUUAGAUAUUGCAGGCAGAGACAUAACUCGCUACCUCAUCAAGUUGCUUUUGUUGAGAGGUUAUGCCUUUAAUCAUUCUGCUGACUUCGAGACUGUUCGCAUGAUGAAAGAAAAACUGUGCUAUGUGGGUUACAAUGUUGAGCAGGAGCAGAAAUUAGCUAUUGAGACCACUGUGCUAGUAGAAUCCUACACGCUCCCUGAUGGUAGAGUUAUCAAGGUUGGUGGAGAACGGUUUGAAGCUCCUGAAGCAUUAUUUCAACCUCAUCUUAUCAAUGUGGAAGGUGUUGGUGUAGCUGAGUUACUGUUUAAUACAAUUCAAGCUGCUGAUAUUGAUACCAGGGCUGAAUUCUACAAACACAUAGUUCUAUCUGGAGGAUCCACAAUGUAUCCAGGUCUACCAUCACGGCUUGAACGGGAACUGAAACAGCUUUACCUUGAACGUGUGCUAAAGGGAGAUGUGGAAAAACUUUCGAAAUUUAAGAUUCGCAUUGAAGAUCCCCCACGUCGUAAACACAUGGUAUUCCUGGGAGGUGCAGUGCUGGCAGACAUCAUGAAAGACAAAGACAACUUUUGGUUGACCCGGCAAGAAUACCAAGAAAAAGGCAUGCGUGUACUAGAGAAACUUGGAGUAACUGUUAGAUAAGCUUGGACAUUUUACCAUGUCAACAUGGUUUUACUCUUCUUCCUUAUCCAGAUUAUUUUCAAGUCAUUCAUCCAUCAAAAUUUGGAUAGGCCUAUCUGUGCCCAUUUUGGUAGGGGCUUCAGUAAGUGUUACUGCCUCCAAAAGUGGUUUGUUUGGCCGUUGUCAUUUAAAUUAUAUAUAAAGAUUUGUUUUUUUCAUUCUUAUAUCUUACAUCCACACUAUUGCUUCUUUUGCUUUUUUCUUUUGUAGAAUAAAUUUUAGCAGCCAGCACUCAUCUACAAAGCAAUAUCUUUUUGAAUUUACGUUCCUUAAGUGAAAAGAGCAAUUUAUCAUUUUUACUGUAUUAUUGCAGUAAUUUGAUAUCAUCUUAACAGUAUUUGUUCUUGAACAAGACUUACUGGAAUUUAAAGAGUACUGCAUAUGGGGAAAAUGAUAGCCUGCCAUUCAUGGGCAGGGUGGGAUUUAUCUUCACGUGCUGUAAUUCUUUUUUUGUGUUUUUAUUUCCUAAUUGUGCAGGUGCUUUCUAAAUUACAGAAAAGCACUAUUUAGUCAUGUAAUGUACAAUCACCAUUGGACACUUAAAUUUAGCAUACAGUGUUCUUUUUAACAGGGAUGUGUUCUCUGUAUUAAAAAAAAAUAAAUAAAAAUAAUUGGGAUAUUUAGAAUUGCCUGAGGUGUGUGGCAUUAAGAAAUGAGGCACAGAAAUGUUGUAAAAGCUGGUAUUGAAGGUUCUAUUGAUCUCUUGUGUAUGUUGGAGGCACUUCAAAUUAAAUUUUGCAUAAACGUUUAUCCAGUGCCAAGUGCAGUUAUUGUAACUGGAUUUGCUUUUUUUCCAUAGCAAAACUGCCUAAUGUUUAAAUAAAGAAAACUGAUUUAUAAAUAA